CGAAUGCUGUGCUCAUGUAUAUGGAAAAAACUCAAAAGCAUGGAUUCUUAGUGCCGUAUCUUACAACACUUGCUGAACAAAUAGGUGCCAAUGUUGAAUUUCAUUUUGGUAAUUAUUUGCAACAGUUCAUGAAUACAGGAUCUUGGGAUUUGGUUGCUGAAAAUAUCAAUGCAAACAAGUAUAAUGCAAUAUUUUAUGGUGCGGCCAAUGAAAUUAGAAUAAAUGGAUGUUACUGCGAUUACACUGAAAUCUUGCAUUUCACGUAUCAUUUAAUGUUACUGCCACCAAGAGCAAAAGCGGGCGGUACCUUCAAAAUAUUCGAUGUUUAUUGCAUCACAAUCUUAAGUAUCAGUCUUCUAUCGUUGAUCAUCGUCUGGAAGUUCUAUUAUGGAACAUCUUAUGCCCAAUCGAUAAACGAUAUAGUUUUACUCUUGCAGUGUAGCAAGACUGGCUUGACCACCGAGAUAAUCAAGCCAAAACUAACACCUAAGCCGAAAUAUCUGGACGACAUUGCUGAUAAAAAUCUGCCGAUUGUCGGUGGGUAUCAUCUUGGUGAACAUGUUCUAAUCGGAAGAAGUCAGUAUUUGAGGGAGAAGUUCAUGAAAACGCAACCAUGGUGGAGCCAAACCAGGAAAGUUUGGACGUCUAUGAUCGGCUUUAGAUGCGCCGUUGACGAUUAUGAGGAUACCGAACAGUCGAACUGGGAUCAAUUCACUAAAACAAGAAAUACUUAA